GUUUAACGUCCUACUGUUCUGCUCCUAACCUGGGCUAAUGAAGACGGGACAAAUUUUAUAAAUUCAUUCAUGGAAAGUUUCACAGACCUAUAAAUACCCUUUUAAGAAAGAUUAUUUUACCGUGGCGCAUGUUUCAUUUCAAGGACGUGCACUGCGCCUGCUUAGAUAAAACGCAAUCUCCGCAUCUCUGAAGCGCAAAUUCAACAGGAUGACUACAACGAAAGGUUUUCAGCAACGUCUGACAGACGGAGACGUUAUCAUAGUAGCGGAAGGAUAUCUCUUUGAAUUUGAGAGACGUGGUUUAUUAAAAGCCGGCGCAUUUGUCCCGGAAGUUGUUUUAGAGAAACCAAAUCUGGUUCGUGAACUCCAUGAGGAAUUCGUCAGAUCUGGAAGUGACGUUGUUCUUGCGUUUACAUAUUAUGGCCACAGAGAAAAACUAAGAGUUAUUGGGAGAGAACAGGAUCUUGAAGCAUUAAAUAUAAAUGCUUUAAAGAUUGCCCGAGAAGUUGCUAAUAAUACAAAUACACUAAUGGCAGGAAAUAUCAGUAACUCUACAAUUUAUGAAAGAAAUAAUCAAGAUUCUAUACAGCAAACAGAGGCUAUGUUUAAGGAACAAAUAGAAUGGGCUGUACAAGAAAAGGCUGAUUUUAUUGUAGCUGAAACAUUCAAUGAAUUAGGGGAAGCCAUGUUAGCUCUACAGUGUAUCCAGAAAUAUGGCAAUGGUCUACCCAGUGUAGUCACAAUGUCACCGAAAGCAAGUGAUCGUACAUUUGACGGGGUGUCAUUUGGUGAUGCGUGUAAACAGCUAGAAGACGCGGGCGCAAAUGUUGUUGGUUUAAACUGUGGACGAGGACCCGCUACCAUGAUGCCUUUACUCAGAGAAAUUAGGCAGGUUUGCAAAGGUCCAAUAGCAGCUGUACCAGUACCGUAUAGAACAACAGAUAAAGAACCAAACUUUCAAGCACUAACAGAUCCAGAUACAGGAAAACAAGAUUUUCCGCUUGAUCUACCAGCCCAUACCUGUAGUAGAAGUCAGAUUAGACACUGGGCAGAAGAAGUUAAACAACUUGGUGUACAGUAUGUAGGAUUGUGUUGUGGUAAUGCGUCACAUUAUCUACGUGAAGUAGCGGAGGUUUAUGGUCGGAAACCAGUGGCUAGUAAAUAUGCACCGGACAUGACGCAACAUUAUACUUUUGGCAAUCGUGCUAAUAACAAAACAUAUUAUACUGAAGGUCUCAAAAUGUCCAUUACCUCAAAAUGAAUUUUGUACUCUGUUGUAUAUUAUAAAACAGGCCUUGGUUUCACAAAGCAUUCUCAAACUUACGUUAAGAAUUUAAUCAUCUUUCAAUCACUGUUUAUGAGAAAUAUCUUUGAUCCAGAAACACACAUCUUUGCACAUAGUUUCUUAAUGAUGUAUUUGAUACAUUAAAACAACAAAAGUUUUAUAAAGGUCUAUAUUUUAGUUAAAAUAAGGCAAACAAUAUUCUUAAGUUCAAGAAUGUUUUGUGAAA